ACAAUAACAAUUUACAAUAUAUACCGUAUUUGCAAGGGGGUUAAGUAUAAUGUGUGUAUGUCACCCACCGGUUCCCAUGUGAUGACGUCAGUGCCGGGUGCUGCGGGAUCCGGACUGAACUGUUGGCUUGGACAUGGAUCUAUUAAUAACCACUAACGCUACCAUGACGGUGUUGUCCCUCGCCAUUCUGCUGUUUCUCACAGGGUUUACUUUUUCUGCGGCAGACAACUGUGAAGUGUGUGUGGACUUCCUCUCCAGACUGUAUGGUAGUCUGACCUCAAGCCACAGAGAACUCACUCCUUCCCUGGUGGAAGAAGAACUGAUCCAGGCCUGCACUGCUGCCCAUGGGAAGGACGCCAGGCUGUGUUACUACCUAGGAGCCAGCAGAGACGCAGCAACCCGUGUCACAGCAUCAGUGUCUCGACCUCUGGCCUCCCACAUCCCUGUGGAGAAGAUCUGCCAGCGCCUCAGUAGCAGUGAUAUGCAGAUCUGUGAGCUCAGACAUGAGCCUCAACUGAAGGAUCUGAGCAGCGAUGGGCUCAAAAAGCUGAGGGUGCUGGAGCUGAGGAACAUUUUAGCGUCAUGGGGAGAAGAGUGUCGAGGUUGUCUGGAGAAACACGAGUUUGUCAGCCUCAUCCAGGAGAAAGCUCCGCUGCAUGCUCACAGUAUGGAACUAUGAACCCACUCAUCCACACAGAAAAAAAUCUUGUAUUCUAAAGUAUUAAUCCACAAAGACUGAAUUUCAUUGAAAAUUUGAAAUGAUACUGUUGCUUCACUUUUAAAAGUAUUUUCCAAGCUGCAAAUAUGUCUACAUUCUGGGGAAAAUAUUUUUUUUGUCAUUUUGAGUGCAUGAUUUACUAACUCCCUGUCCUCAAAUGACUUGUAUGUGUUAACAUUAAUGGUAAUAGGUGGGAGGCACAAACUGGGACAAAUAUCUAUUUGUGCUAAUGUGCACUGACUGAUAGCAGCAGUGAUGCCUUGCUCUACUCAGUUUCAUAAAGCACUUUUUUUUGUUCUUCGUUUUCUCUUGGCCGAUCCUGCCCCAGUAUCAGCCAUAACCACAAAAUAAAACAUUUCA